AUGUCCCAGACACAAGAGAGUAUGUCCAUAGAAGGUGCACUUGAGCAUCUCAUAACAACAUAUGGAGAACUCAAUGGGUCCGCGAUCGAGGAACUCGAUUGCGAACCGAGCCCUUUAGAAUUCAUGCAAUAUGUCGCCCGCAAUACACCUUUCGUUGUUCGCGGUGGCGCAGCUUCUUGGAGGGCCUUCCAGGAAUGGGACAAGGAUUAUCUCGUCUCGUCACUGGCCGGUCAGUCGGUGAACGUCGCAGUAACACCGCAUGGAAAUGCAGACGCUCCCACAAUGUCCCCGACUCAUGAAUCUCUUCUUUUUGCAAAGCCACAUGAAGAAUACCAGCUCUUCGAGGAGUUCCUCGAUUACAUUAUUGGCCAAGAGACCGACCCUGAUUUCCCCCAAGAUGCUGAAGUCCGGUAUGCACAAACACAAGACGACAAUCUUCGACAAGAGUAUCGGUGCUUAUUUGAAGAUGUGCAAAAAGAUAUACCGUUCGCGAGGAUAGCUCUUCAGAGGCCGCCUGAAGCCGUCAACAUGUGGGUGGGAAAUUCCAGGUCGGUAACAGCCACACAUAAAGACAAUUUUGAAAACAUCUACGUCCAAAUCCGCGGUCGAAAGCAUUUCGUCCUGCUGUCGCCACUUCAUCAUCACUGCAUGAAUGAAAAUCAUCUUCAGCCAGCAACGUAUGCCAGAAAUCCGCAAGGGCAGCUUUCUCUGCUCCCUGAUGAAGACACAACCCCAGUUCCGUUUGCCACAUGGGACCCAGAUCACCCUAGUAGGAACUGCGCACCCUUAUCGCGUUUUGCACAGCCUGUUCGUGUUACUCUCGAACCUGGCGAUAUGCUCUACCUUCCCGCGAUGUGGUAUCAUAAAGUCACCCAAUCAGUUAAGAAAAAUGAUCAUAACGGAUUCGUUGUAGCAGUAAAUUACUGGUACGACAUGAACUUCACCGGCCCCUUGUUUCCUACAGUGUCAUUUCUCCGCGAGAUUAUUUUACCACAACCAGCCAGCCUUUAA